AUGAAGCUCCCAAUCGUUCUCGUAGCUCUUACAGCACCUCUAAUUCAGGCGGCCCCUACACCAGCCUCCGAACUUACAACUCGCCAGACCAGACCACGAGAGCUCAUCCAACCGGAACUCUAUCCGGCUCUUCAACGCUACACACGGUUCGCUGUAGCUUCUCUCUCAGCCUUUACUUAUAACCAAGGAAAAUGCCCUAGUCCACCUUUUCACUCCGUUCUUGUCCGAACAAUAGAUGCAAUCUUAACCUCAACCCAGGUCGCUAUAUUCCAGGAUGAUGCGGCAAAAGAACUGAUUGUGUCCUUCCCGGGCUCCGCCUCACUCCAGGAUUUCAUCACCGACUUUGCCUAUUUCAUGAAGCCCUUCACCAGCGCCCCAGGCUGCACCGAUUGCCAGGUCCAUGGGGGUCUACUCGGAGCCUGGCGCUCCGUGCAACCUGAUCUCACAGCCGCACUGGCGGAAUUGAAUGCAAAAUUGCCGGGUUACAAAACAGUCAUCGUAGGCCACAGUCUAGGCGGUGGACUAGCCAGUCUGGCUUAUACGGAUCUCCGGGCUAAUGGCGUUCCCAUUGCAAAAGCAUACACCUUGGGGUCUCUGCGCGUGGGAAACCCAGCAUAUGCCAAUUUCACUGACCGCCUGGCUGGCGCUAGCGACGACAACCUGGGCGAAUUGCUGCGUAUCACGCAUGGGGUUGAUGGCGUGCCGAAUCUACCGUUCGAGUCCAUGGGGUUCCGGCAUACACGCACAGAGAUUUACCAGGAAGAUACCAAGCCUGUGGGUGGCACGCAAAGUGCUCAGACAACGUUUCGCUGCUUUGGUCAGGAGGCGAGUGAUUGUAUUAGGGAAAAAGCGGUGGGGUUCAUUAAUCAGGAUCAUCUGGUCUACACAAGGAUUACGAUGUCGAGGCCGGAGCAGUGUAAUAGUCAGGACUGA